AUGCAACAGGAGGUGGAGCCCCUGUGCUCCUCCGCCAUGGGCAACCCGGGCAUGCACAGGGACGCAGGAGUGCUCCUUGUGGAUCGAGAGACCCCAGAGGAGAUGCAGGCGCGGAGCCUGGGCAGACCUGUCAAAUCCUCGAAACAGUAUCUGCGUCAGGUCAUUGCAGAAUACGAGGCGCUGGACCGAGAGCUCCCGUGCAUCCGGAAGUUCCCUAUGCCGCCUGCCGCUCAGCCGCUUUGUCUGUGCAUGGAGACCUCGCCUGAAGAGGACCUUACCCACGUGGAGGUGCUGGAGGCCCUGGAAGCCGAGUUCCCCGGGGCCAUGGAGAGUGGGCGCGUGAGCAGCAUCCGCUUUGAGAACAUGAACGUCAUCUGUGGGACUGCCGGACGCCGGGACCGGUGGCUCAUCAUGGUCACGGACUUCCAGACUCGCUCGCGCCUGCUGCGCUCGGGGCUUCGACUCCGCGGGAACCUGCAUCCUCUCGUGCGCCACGACGAACUGCUGCUGAGCGAUUACCGCCUGCACCUGCGCCGCUCCCUAGUCCGACGGCGCAUGCUCGAGGCUCUGGGGGCGGAGCCGACCGAGGAAGACUGA